CCGCCACGACGUGUCUCCCGCGCCGCGCCCCUUUCCGGUGAGCGGCCGCCCUCGGGCUUCCCCUGCCCUGCUCGGUUGUUGUUCGGCCGCCAUUAAUUCGCACGCUGCCGAAAACCACGGAGCCUCCAUCUCUCGGCCCCUCCCCUUCUCUCCCCCCCAGUCGUCAGCCAGGCUCCGCCGCGGCCAUCACGUCGCUGGUGCGCGGCGGUUGCAGUGCUCCGUUCUCGCGGAGGACCAAACAGCACGGGUCAAGGACCGCGACCGGUUCAAGUCAAGGCGGCGACUCGUGCUCGGCUCCUCCACGCGGUACCUGCCGCCUGCCGGCUGCCGCCACCGGUGAUGCUCCUCCUCGCCGCGUUAUUUGGUCGCUGAGACACACCGAGCAGAGGGGGGAGGAGCCACCCAACAUCCAUGGACCUCGGCCGGCGGGAGGCGGACCAGGGGGCCGCGCCGGAGUUCGUGGCGCUCGACAUCCGCGGCGACGAGGAGUCGCCUGGGCCCGGGCCGGACCUGAUGGUGGAGUCCUCAAUCGCCGCUAAGGGGUUCGAGCGGGACCGGAGCACAGACGCCAAUUCUUCUUCCACCGGUAUGGUGAGUGUGUAUGAGAAACAGGCGGUGCCGGUGCAUGUCGACGGUAGCCCGAGGGAGCAGUACCACCCCUCAACACCAAAGCGACGCCGUCCGAACCGGCGUGUUCCCGUGUGGCGCGAUCCCAGGAAGAUCCUCUUCGCUUUUGCAGCAUUGUCCAGCGUGGGCACGUUGAUACUGCUCUACUUUACGCUCUCCAUGGGGACGAAGGCAGGAGGUCAAGCUGACGGCCAGUGAUACACACUACCCUUGCUUUUGCCUUGCUUGCCAUCGCAUUACUAAUGGUUGUACAGAAGAAACUGAGAGUUGGUUGGAUGCUAAUUGAGAAGCAAUACAUCGGUGUGGAUACCAGCAUGAUUUGAGACGUUUGUACAUAGGGACAGGAAAGAUUUACAGAUAAAAGUGAAGAUCCUUUCUCUCUCUCU